AUGAAUCGUCCAAAUGAAGAAAUUACAAAUUUUUCAUGGAAUAUUAAAAAUGAAUUAGAACAACUUCGAAAAGAAUUAAUUGAAACAUUUUUUCAAGCUGCAAUAACAUAUACAGAUAUAAUUAUUAAACGAAAACUUGGAAUAUUAACAUCGGAUAUAUGUGAUUAUUAUCGUUUUAAAAAAAAAUCUAAUUUAAUAUCAACAGAAGAAUUUUAUUUAUUACCGAAAAUUCAAUAUGAUAAUGAAGAAAAUUUAACAGAUCUAUUAAAUGGUUUGCAACAUAUUUGUGUAACAUGUCCACUGAAUUUUAUAUCAAUAGAUGAUACAAAAUUAACUUCAUCAUCAUGGUCUCGUGUAUAUAUGUGUGAUAUAUGUCAUUGUACACGUGCAUUAGAAGAUAAUAUGAUUCGACAUUUAGAAAGUGAAUUACAUUUAUCAGCUACAGAAUAUCGAACUGAUAGUGCAACAAUGAUACUUAAUCAUUGUAUUCGUCGAAGUUGUAUACAAAUGAAUAGAUAUGAUAAAAAUACAUUUGAUUCAAUUAUUGUAUGUCCUAUUUGUUAUGAACCAUUUUCAAAUGUUAAUUCGUGUGCAAUUCAUUCACAUCUUUCACAUAACAUGGAUUAUAUUUAUUCAAUAGCUUCUAUUUUUCAAACUUUUGAUUUGAUUAUUAAACAAGAUGAUAUUUGUAUGGAAUGUAAUGAACAAUUUAAAACAUUAUCUUUACUUGUUAAACAUCUUAAUGAAAGUAAUCAUGGACCACAUGAAACAGAUAAAUUAAUAUCUCUUUUUUUAUGUCGAAUUAAUAAAUGUUAUUAUCGAACAAAACAUUUUUUUAAUUUUAAAACUCAUUUAAUAUCAAUACAUAAUAAUUCAUUUAAUUCAAUUGAUCGAACAAUUAAAGUUAAAAUAAAACAAUUUAUUAAACCAUAUACAUAUAUGCAUAUAACACGUUUUUUACAUAAAAAUCAAUCAGAUAUAAACGAAGAAUUAAAAGCAUUUGAACAACUUGAAUACGAUAUGAAAUAUUUAUUGGAUAAUACAAAUAUUCUAAAAAUAAUUAAAAAACGAUAUGAUCUAUUGAAAAAUUUGUAA